AUGCCACGGUCUUCAAGGAACCCUGGGGACCCAUGUUCCCUCCCCUCAGAAGAUGUGGUCUAUGCUACCAGGCCCAGGAGGGGCAACCAGCGAAUCAGGAGUAACUACAGGGUGUCAGAGCAAGCCUCACCAGUCAUGAGUGAUGCCUUUCUGUUGCCUGUCCAAGUCAACCCUCCAACCCUCAACCUGACUCAGUUCAUGCUGGGACAUGUGUCCUGGUUUACCUACCUGGCUUGCUUCCUGAGAACCCAGGCACAGCAAGUACUGUUCAACACCUGCAGGUGCAAGCAGCUCUGCCAAAAGCUGAUGGAGAAGACUGGUCUUCUGGUCCUCUGUGCUUUUGGAUUCUGGAUGUUUUCUAUGCAUUUGCCAUCGAAAAUGGAAGUCUGGCAGGAUGACAGUAUAAACAGUCCACUGCAGAGCUUGAAGAUGUACCAGGAGAAGGUGCGAUAUCACAGUGGGGAAAUCCAGGACCUCCGAGGUAGCCUGAACCUGCUCAUUGCCAAACUGCAGCAGAUGGAGGCCAUGUCUGAUGAGGAAAAGAUGGCCCAGAAAAUAAUGAAGAUGAUUCAAGGGGAUUACAUCGAAAAGCCAGACUUUGCCCUGAAGUCAAUAGGCUCCAGCAUCGACUUUGAGCACACAUCACCCACCUACCACCACGACAAGGCCCGCUCCUACUGGAACUGGAUCCGGCUGUGGAACUACGCUCAGCCCCCGGACGUGAUCCUUGAGCCCAACAUGACACCAGGCAACUGCUGGGCCUUUGCGGGUGACCAUGGAAAGGUGACCAUCCGAUUGGCCCAGAAGGUCUACCUGACCAAUAUCACCCUGCAACACAUUCCCAAGACCAUCUCACUGUCCGGCUGCCAGGACACUGCCCCCAAGGAUUUCGUCAUCUAUGGCAUUGAGUGUCCCUCCAAGGAGGAAGUGUUCCUGGGGGCGUUCCAGUUUCAGCCAGAAAACAUCAUUCAGAUGUUCCCCCUCCAGAACCAUCCACCCCGGGCCUUUGGUGCCGUCAAGGUGAAGAUCUCAAGCAACUGGGGAAACUCGCGCUUCACCUGCAUGUACCGUGUGCGCGUGCAUGGCUCCGUGACUUUGCCCAAAUAG